GAGAAAAGAUCGGUUCUUUACUUAACAGUUCCUAUGAGCUUGAGACAACGAGUCUCAUGAGACAGCUCCUUUUACCUUUCAUGGGACAGCCCAUUUGUGAUAAGCAGGGUGCGGCAAGAGUUUUCUUACAUUUCGGGAAUGUCCCUCACCACUGAAAACAAACAACCAGGAAAUGUCAGAAAUGAAAUGUGUUUGAUUUUCUGUCUUGUGUAGUCUACUCUUACUCUGACAUGUGACAUGAACAGAAAUCAAAAUGUGUACUGGGUCCAUUAGGAAACACAUACCUGUGUACUUCAGUGAUGGAAAUGCAACGCAACAUAAAAGAUAAACCAUCUUUUUAAAGGCAUUUCCUAAAUUAAAAAGCUGCCCUCACAAUAGGGGUUCCUGCACAAAAAAUAGGGUGUGAAGCCAUGGUUUUAAGGCUUAUUAUCUUCAGCGGGUCUCUGAUUUCUUUUAUGAUGAUCAUUUUUAGGACUCUGACUGACCAAGGCGAUGGUGGGCUCUUAUGUCGGGCCGUUGGUGAGCAUCUGAUGCCCAAGUUAUUGCGAUGAUUCUCACACCAUUGGCACUAGUUGACCCUUGCUUUACUGUGGCUGAUUCAGCACACUGAAUUGGUGUCAGAGACAAUAGAGCCCAUCUUUGAAUGAAAUCACUCUGAUUGGCAGUUUAGGUCAGUGAAUGAUAAGAAAUGUUAGGAAAGCAUACAAACUACUAAAGUCAAGAGGGAGUGAGAUCAAAACAAACUUGUUAUAUGAGGUAACAUCAUCUUUUUAGUCAUUAAGCUUUUUAGCAGAAAGAGUUCGUAAUUGUUAUUUAUCGUUACAGUGCGCGGUAAAUAUCUUUUGAUCUUUCAACAUCUGAUUGUGUCAUUAUUGUCCUAACUAGCGUCUUGAAUUCAUCCUGUCAGUCUUCCAGUUUCCCUUUUUGAAUGAAGAAUACAAAGUGCCACUGACUUGGCAGAAAAUUAUCAAACCAUUAAUUCAUAUAUGUGUGGAACACUUCAUUUGACACUUGUCAUCCAGGUCGAUAAUCGUAAUACGAACAGGCUAACAGUACAAUCCAGUCCAGAUAAUGGAAAUAUUAUACUGUGCCAAUCACUAAGGUUUUUUAUGAACAAGGAAAAAAUUGGAUACUACAUAUGUCACAUGGCAUGUCAGCUGUAAAAAUGAUACAAUAAUGAAAUGAAAAACAAUGGCUACAUUUCAUGUUGGAACAAAGAUGCAGACUAGAAAAAUGCUAAUGAUACUGAUGAGUUGUAACUCAGGUUGGUAUAGUAACACAGACCAUUUCAACCAAGUGAUGUCAAGUCAAACCUGCCUGUUCACUUGAUGGGAUUGAUUAAAAGGACAGUUACCCCCAAAAUACAAAAUACAUAUUUCUCUCUUACCUGUUGUGCUUUUAUCAGUCCACGUUGUUUUGUUGUGAGUUGCAUAGUGCUGUAAAUAUCAGCCGUGGAGAUGCCUCAACUACACCCGCCUACUGUAUCACUGCGCAGAAGUGUGCAUCUACUCACGGACAGGAGACUCAUGGCAAUGUAAGAUGUAAAAAUUAAUGGGGUCCUCCUUGGCUGAGCUGUAACAUUAUGCCAACGUUUACACUACACAAAAUUUUUGUCCAUUCUGACAGUCACUGUGUCAGACUGGGCGAUACUGGAGUCAUAAAAUCGUUCUGUGACUUGGCCAACAGAUGUGACACACUACACGAUGGUCCAUGACCAAUCAUCCCCGGUCGUCUUUCGUGUCGUGCAUGAUGUCAUCAGGUUAUUCUUGUCCUAUUUUUGUGACUAUUAUUUCAGUCACUGUGUCUGUUCAUGUGCCAGCUGAAAUGUUGUUGUAGUAACGUAAAAAAGUGCCAGCAGAUGGCAGGAGCUACAUUUGAAGUACCGCAUGCAAACUAUGAAAAUCACUGAAUCCUCCACAAGAAGUUCCUGCAAAUGUUUCACAAGAAAAGCCUGUUAAGAUAAUAAAGGGAUUCUCUCUACCUAAAUCAUAUGGGGCUUUUAACUGCACAGAUGAAGGAAGUGUUGAGUUUGAAAUGACUGAAACUUCACUUGGUUCUGAAGCCUGGUCUCCUGCAGGAAAGUCCUGGGGGAGAGUUCUGUGUUUUGAGACCCACCCACUGCCCAAACUGAUUCCUAUUCCCAUAUCCGUGAGAUAUGUACGAAUUUUGGUGCAUUAGUUUUCAUAGGAAAAUGUACGCACAGGGCAUGAGAAUAGCCUAAUCUAGAAUGAUAAAUUGCACUAUAUGGGCAAGAGUAAAAAUGUGUAUCUUUGAUUUGGGGGUUAACUGUCCCUUUAAGUGACACUCUGUUGAUACAGCUUAUUGUGAAUCGGGAAGACUCUGACUAGUCUAAAACACACCAAAGUCCUUUAUCCUUUUAAAAAUGUUGUUCUGAAACAUUCUAAAAUAAGUUAUCUAUAAUAUGUGUGUUAAAAAUAUCAUACAUAUCAAUACAUACAUGCCUUUUACACCAUAGGACACCACAUAUACUCAUGCAUGCACAUCUUUCUUUGCUUAAAGCAACACUGCCCUCUGCUGCUUUGCAGAGAUACAGUACAAUAACACUGUAAUUUGUCAGUCACUUGCUUUUUUUGUUUCAUCAUUUGCUUCUUGAGGCUCAAGUCGAUGCCAAAAUUUGAACGCUGCAUAACAAAGUCUCCAAACUGAGCUAUACAGUUAUUUACAUGGGUUAUUGCACUUUGGAAUAUCAUGAACAGUUUGGCAUACAGUCCUUUGCAAUAGUUUAUAUGAUAUCUGUUGAUAUAUACGUCACUUUCCACAUAUAUAUUUUACUGGCAAACACACUCACAAAAUCCUCCCAGUAGGCGUGUUGGGACACGACUAGAACUGGGGUCCCUGAGGGCCUCAACACUGCUUACUCACUGACUUCCGAGGACCUUUCUCAGUGAAGAGACCUGCUGAGGAAAAAUCACCCUCCACAAACUGCAAGGAAAAUAUCUAAGAGACUACAAAGAGUGAAGAAAUGGAGUUCAGGGCUUUGUUUCUGCUGUCCCUCAUGGGACUCCUGUUUGUGGAGCCAGGGUUUGGACAGCGAGGUGACGUGGAUGUUGCUAAGUGGAUGACUGAUAAAGUGGAAUUAAUGAAGAACUUGGAGGACAAACUCAGACAUAUAGAGAGACAGCAGAAUAACAUUGAAGCUUUGGAGGCCAGGCUCAAUGCGACUGUAGACAAGCUGAUGAGACAGAACGCUGAAGUGGAUCAACUGAAGAAAGAGAAUGAAGGCCUGAAAAUGAGACUGAAUGCUACAGAGGAAGAGCUUGAUAAGCUGAAACAGAAUAUUCCUAAAGGUGCUCCUCAGAUUGCAUUCUCGGCCUCUUUGGCAAACUUCGGGGAGGUUUACAGAGGACCCUGCACAGACAAGGCCCUCAUUUUCAAAAGGGUCUUCUCAAACUCUGGCAAUGGUUAUGACCAAAACACAGGAAUCUUCACAGCACCAGUGAACGGUCUCUACUUCUUCAGCUUCAGUACCUAUGGCUACAACACUCACGACAUGGGGGCCAUUUUAAUGAAAAAUGGUGAUCGUCAAAUUUCAACCUAUGAUAAACCCUCAGCUGACGGCUCAGACAGUAGCAGUAAUGCUGUCGUUCUGCAGUUGGUCGCGGGUGAUAAGGUGUACAUGGAACUGUGGGAUAACGGCAGAGUGUUUGACAACCUGAACGGACACACAACCUUCAGUGGUUUUCUUGUCUUCCCUGCGUAAAUGAUUAGAAACUAUGUGUUGCAUUGUGUUUUUAAACUGAAGAGAGAUGUAGGUCCAACAGUCGUGACAUCUGUGAUAUCACUGUCUUUAUAUAGUGGCACUGCCCCAAAGCAUAUGCUGACAAGAAAAUUACACAGUAUCCUGGUUGAUUUUUAUCAAACUUUUAUUGAAAAAUCUCCACGUUUUUCAUUUUCAAUAAAUUUCAAUGACAAUGUG